AUGAGCGGUUCUAGCGACACCAGAUGGCGGGGCGGACCCAGUCGCCAGGGGUCGCAGCGCAACUCGAACAACCGUGAUAAAACAGGAGGACAGGGAAGCGCACGGGAUAACAAUGCUACCUGGGGCGCAUCCAACCCUCCGCAGGAACAGCAUGUUCCUGUACGGGGCUUCAACACCGCAGAGGUCAAGAACGUCCUGAAGGUACAAGGGCUAACCAAUCUUUCGCGAUAUAGCAGGACCUCAUGGUACGCCUUAUCGCUGCCUCCAUAUAUACUCAAGCCUAACCUAUGCGCCAUCGAUACAGAAACCAAGUCGGCGGUGCCCUACAAAUCUCAUUCUAAAGACGGCCCUACCCAACGAUCUACUGCCUGGGGUGCCAAGGCACAAAACAUGGCGAACGGCAGAGACUUCUUCCUGGAGCUUCGGAAACAGAUUACUUCGCUGCAGCGAAGCGGUCCCCCUGUCGGCGGCUGA